AAUACCAUGAAGUCUUCCUCUCAAAAACCUCUUUCUUCUUCCUCAAACAUUGUUUUCUCCAUCACCAUUUUCAUCAUUUCCCUUAACACUGCAGGCAGUGCUGCAACAAUGCCUAAGAAUGAACCAGUUCCUGCAGUAAUAGUCUUUGGAGAUUCAAUAGUGGAUCCGGGCAAUAACAACAACAUUGACAGCCUCAUCAAAUGCAAUUUCCCACCAUAUGGAAGGGAUUUCAUAGGAGGCCAACCAACUGGAAGGUUUAGCGAUGGAAGGGUCCCCUCAGACCUCAUAGCUGAAUUAUUUGGUGUAAAGAAGUUGUUGCCGGCUUAUCUUGAUCCGAAUCUGCAGCUUCAAGACCUCCUUACUGGUGUAAGUUUUGCUUCUGGAGGUGCAGGAUAUGAUCCCCUUACUGCUAAAAUAGUGUUACUUUUGAUUCAUUUCAAUAAUCAGUCUGUCCUUUCACUAUCGGAUCAAGUAGAAAUGUUCAAAGAUUACAUAAAGAAGAUAAAGACAGCAGUAGGAGAAGACAGAACAGCAACUCUGUUGUCAAAAGGUAUAUUCAUAGUGUGCACAGGGAGCGACGACAUUGCCAAUACUUAUUUCUCCACACCGUCCAGGAGUGCACAUUAUGAUAUCCCUGGAUAUAUUGAUCUAAUGGUUACAUCAGCAGCAAGUUUCUUUCAAGAACUUUAUGGACUGGGAGCAAGAAGGAUAGGAGUACUAAGCAUACCAUCAAUAGGGUGUGUGCCAUCACAGAGAACACUGGAUGGAGGCAUAGAGAGAGGGUGUUUUGAGUCUGCCAACCAAGCAGCAAUUCUUUUCAAUUCAAAGCUCUCCUCCCAAAUGGAUUCCCUCAAUCGAAGGCUUCCAGACGCUAGGCUUGUCUACCUUGAUGUCUAUAACCCCUUGCUUGCCCUUAUCCAAAACCCUGCCCAAUAUGGAUUUGAAGUGGCGAACAAAGGAUGCUGUGGCACAGGGAACAUAGAAGUCAGCAUUCUAUGCAACCACUUUUCACCAAAUACAUGUUCUGAUGCCUCUAAAUAUAUCUUUUGGGACAGUUACCACCCCUCAGAGCAAGCUUAUAAGAUCCUCACCCCUCUAAUCAUAAAUAAGCACAUAAAUGAAUUCUUCUGAGGGCCGUUCCUAGUUCUCUUUUGGUUAUGUAAUAAUGAUGUGCUUCAU